AUGAUUUCGCGGCAAAGUCUAUUGAAAAAAAAAUGUUUAAGGAACAUCUCUGCACUAUUAAAAGAAGAGUUGAUUGAUAUGUUAGAAAAAAAGAAAGCGAAACGACUUUGGAUAAGAAAAUGGUUAAGCGAUAGACCUAUAACUGGUGCUUCUGCCUUGUUGCUGAAACAACUAAGAUUAGAAGAUCCUUCUGAGUACAGGUUGGCGUUGCGGGUUACUGCUGAAAACUUUGAUGAGUUACUUUCACUUAUACAGAGCUCGAUUCAGCGCCAAGACACCCUGAUGAGAGAUGCAUUACCAGCAAAAAUAAAAUUAGAAGUAACGUUAUCGUUCUUAGCAACUGGAAUGAGUUAUCGAAGCCUGAGUCAUUUUUACCGUGUUUCCAAACCAUCUAUAUCAAAAUUCAUACCAGAAGUUUGUCGAGCAAUCUAUGAAGCAUUAAAACAGUUUAUUAAGGUGCCAAAUGCAGAAGAAUGGAAAAACAUCGAAAGGGGGUUUAAAACACGAUGGAAUUUUCCCUUAUGUUAUGGUUCUAUAGACGGAAAACAUGUGUCAAUUAAAGCUCCUCCUAAAAGUGGAAGUUUAUACUUUAAUUAUAAAAAAACAAGCAGCGUCGUAUUGUUAGCUAUUGCCGAUCACGACUACUGUUUUUCGUACAUAGAUGUCGGCGCAUGUGGUAGCGCAUCUGAUGGAGGAGUUUUUAAGAAUUGUUCGAUUUACCGAGACCUGGAAAAUAACUUAUUACCUGACAGUGGAGUCAUUGUAGGAGAUGCGGCAUUUCCACUAAAGACUUAUUUAAUGAAGCCGUAUCCAGGUGUAAACCUCAGUACAGAAGAAAAAGUUUUUAACUACAGAUUAUCUCGGGCAAGACGCAUAAUCGAAAAUGUAUUUGGAAUCUUAGUUAGUAGAUUCCGGGUAUUAGAAAAGCCAAUACUGACUAACUUGGAAACAGUAGAUGCAAUCGUUUGUGCUUGUUGCGCCCUUCAUAAUUGGCUACGAAAAAAAACAAUGUCUUACAUCACCGUUACUUGUGUUGAUAGGGAAGAUGAACAGGGAAAUUUUCUGCCCGGUUCAUGGAGGAGUCAAAUACAUGCCCUACAGAGUAUUGGCAAUCAAGGUUGCAAUCAUUCAGCAGACACAGCAAGGGAGAAAAGGGACAUUUUGAGAAAUAUGUUUAAUAAUGAAGGAAGAGUUCCUUGGCAAUUAAAUAGCAUACAU